ACAAAACCUAUGACCGCUAUGUACGUUCUUUUGCCAUAGGUAUUGAACCGCUUAGACCGUUGCAACACAACGCAACUUCCGUUUUCGACAAAUACUAAUAUCUCUUGUGCCCAGCAGUGUUCGCUCCCUUAUACGUUUUCCUCAGACUAGAUGUGUAACUUACAUGGGAGCAUUGCAAGUUACCGCUUUCCUGGGUGUCAGAAUGUCAUAUCACCGCCAGUAGAGCGGUGUCGACCUGCUUAUUCCAAUGCGUUUUGCUAGACAUUUGUGAGCUAGGAUUAAUUAGCGUGCCAUACAAAAUCGUUUAGUCUGCUUAGCGCAUUGGAGGUCCUCGCCACUCAACGUUUAGGGCGUAAACGUCUGGCUAUCCACUUCGUUGCUCUGACGCCAUUUGCUUUCCACGUCCUUGUCUGGUCUAAGCGAUCAUGGGCGGCUGCGUUACUAAAAGCGCAGUCGGUGGACAGCAUGUAAUGGCAUCCGAAGACCACGAGCCUGCUCCUAAUGACUCCGCGGCCUCACUGACAUGCAAGCCGCACCACGGUCCUUCAGCAGUUACUGCCCGGGCAGGCUCCCAACUUCGCACGGCGGCCAAGACUGCUUGGCAGGCGUCUGCUCGUAACCUCCGUAUGAGCCUAAGCCGGAGCCGCAGACGACAGGAGAGCUACCGUCUGCGCAGCAGUCAAGAUAACAAUGGAGGAUCAGACACAGACGCGUCAGAUAACAUAACGUACAACGGUCACGUCAAUCGCGGGGCCCGCCAAAGUCCCACCGGUGCCUCACAACCUGGCGUUACCAUUGGUGCUGCCGCCGCUACCCAUCCAAACCUCAACGGACUGUCAGCUUGGCUUGAACUCCCAUCAGCCUCCCAACAGCCUGCCGGCAACCGCUACACGACAGGCGCAAUAAGCAGGGCGGAUUCCAUCCCGGGCACCGCCGAUAGCUGCGUCCAGAGCUUCCAUGUGGGUCGCCAGGCCACGUCGGAAAGCUUGUACGACGCUGCAUGCACCGUCCGUACCAGCUGCUCCGUCACGGCUUCGGCCGCCGAAGCCGCGGGCCUCUCCAGCCCUACCGGCGGGGCCGCCAGCGCAUGGGGCCCCGAAGUCGCGUCGCGUGCCGGCAGUCUGCGCGCCGGGGCGGGGACUGCAAUUGCGGCAUGGGAUGCCAGCGGCAGCGGCGGCGGCAGGCGCAAUCGGACAUCCAUAGGUGGCAGCAGCAGCCGGACUGGCAACAACAGGCCUACACCUGCGGCGGCAGCGGCGGCCGCCGCCAAUGCUGCAACAGCAGCCACGGCGUCUGCCACCGCUGCAGCGGCGGCUACGGCCGCCGCUGUCGCCGCAGCGGCGGAGGAGCAGCGAUCCUCGGCUCCUACUCCACCCACUCCGCCUCCGUCGUUGCAGCAACAACCGCCACUGGCAGCGGCGCCGCCGACGCAACAGCAACAGCAGCAUGCAGCGGCUGCUGCCGCCGCAGUGGCGGCCGGCGGCGGCAGCUCGUCUCCCGACGUGACACACUGGGUGAUCCGACCCACUCCGCCCGUGGAGAGCGUGUACGCGCUUGGGAAGGUUCUAGGCAAGGGUAGCUUUGGAGUGGUCCGCGCCGCCACGCACCUGGCUUCGGGCGCCCGAGUGGCCGUGAAGACCAUCCGCAAGUCCCUUCUGGGCACUGAGGAGGUGAGCUCGCUGCGGCGGGAGGUGGAGAUCCUGCACCACCUGAGCGGCCACCCGCACAUAUCGCAGCUGCUGGGGGUGCACGAGGAGCCGGGGCAGCUGCACCUGGUCAUGGAGCUAUACCAGGGUGGCGACCUGUUUGACGCCAUCAUCAGUGUGGGGCGGCACAGCGAGCGGGCGGCGGCGGACGUGAUGCGCACCGUCCUCACCGCCAUCUCCUACUGCCAUGCCAUGGGGGUAGCACACCGGGACAUCAAGCCGGAAAACUUCAUGCUCACGGCACCGCCACCGCCCGGGGCUGCGGCAGGGGCAGCAGCAGGGGCAGCAGCAGGGGCAUCUGCUGCUGCCACUGCCGCCAGUGGGCGGGAGGCGGUGGGUCCGAGGCUGAAGCUCAUUGACUUUGGACUGUCUGUGUUUUGCAACGACUCGGUGCCCAUGUCGGAGACGGUGGGCACCUCGUACUAUGUGGCCCCUGAGGUGCUCAACCGCUGCUACGGCCGCUCGGCUGACGUGUGGUCGGCCGGGGUCAUACUGCACAUCCUGCUGACGGGUUAUGCGCCCUUUGACGGACGGAACGACCAAGAAAUAUUGCGAGCCGUGCAGUCGGGCCAAAUUGACUUUUGUUCCGACCCUGUUUGGACCUCUGUGAGUCGAGAUGCGGUGGCGGUGCUGAGGGCCAUGAUGGACCGCAACCCCACCACACGUGCCACAGCGGACCAGCUGCUCUCCAUGCCCUGGCUCGGCAGCACCCCGGACGCCUGCACCGCCCCCACCGGCCCCCUCCCGGGAGUGGUUUCGGAGCGGCUGCGCCGGUUUGCGCGCCUGAACAGCUUCCAGAAGGAGGCUCGGCGUGUGGUGGCGGGGCUGAUGCGGGCGGAGGAGGUGGCGGGGCUGGUGGCGCAGUUCAAGGGGCUGGACGCGGACGGUGACGGGAAGCUGAGUGUGCAGGAGCUCAAGGAGGGCCUGGAGCGGCAGGAGCACCACUCGAUGACCGCCAUGGGGGCCGGCAGGGCGGGCGCAGGGGCGGGUGGAGGGUCGGGUGGAGGAGGAGGAGGAGGGCUGGGGGGUCCCGGCGGGCGGUCCGUGGUGGCUCCGCUUGGGGAGGAGGAGCUGCGGGAGCUGGUGGAGAGAUCCGAUCUGGACGGUGACGGCAUGCUGGACCAAUCGGAGUUCCUGGGGGCCGCACUGCCCGCCGCCGCCAUCGCUCGGCAGGCGCAAGCCGCGCUAGCAGCCGCCAACUCGGCGGCGGCGGCAGCGCGCGGCGCCGCAUGCGACCCACGGGUCAGUACCUCCGGCAGCAGACCCAGUGCUGCUCCCAGCCCUCGCACCAGCUGCCCGGGCGGGGCCCGCUGCAGCGGCAGUGGCUGCGUGACGCCGCCGCGGAGCAGCAACCCGCUGGCUGCGGCGUUUAGGCACUUUGACGCGGACGGGUCGGGGUUCAUCACGGCAGAUGAGCUGCGGACAGCGCUCGCGACGCACCACCAUGCGGAUCGGGAGGGACCGGACAUACGGGCGCUGCUCUCCUGCGUCGACCGCGACGCAGACGGGCGCAUCAGCUACCCAGAGUUUGUUGCCAUGAUGGUUCAAGAAGUGGACGAGCAAGAUGAGGUGGAGCCGUACGGCUGUACGACAGCAACCGGAACAACUGCCGUACGAUUAGGUGGCGGCGGCGGCGCCGGCUGCAGUGGCGGGCGAGGAAGCACUACAGCGGCGGGAACAGCACGUGAUGGACGAAGUGAUGGUGGUGGUGGUGUCGGGGCUGGGACGAGUCGGCAGCCCAGGAGGAGUGAUAACGGUGAGGUUGGUUGCGGCGGGAGAGGUGAUUGCAAUGGAGGACGAGGUGGAGGGUCGGUCGUACGGCAGCAGCAGCACCGCUGUCGAGGAGGAGGAGGCAGUGGCGGCGGCAGUGGAGUCGAGGAUUCAGGACGGAGAAGAGCGGAUGCCACGGUCAGGCAGCAGCAGCAGCAGCGGCAGAAGGGUGAGGAUGCGGGAGGACAACACGUCAGCGGCGGCGGCGGCAGGGCUAGAGCAGGGCCUGCUACAGCGGCCUGGGGUGUACCACAGUCGCCUCCGCUGACGUCCGCAGCAACGGGGGCGGCUGGUGCGGGUGGCGGCGGCGUCGGCGGCGGCCGUCCAACUCAGUCGCGUAACGGAGGGGGUCGUCAACGGGGGGCGGACGGCGGAGUUUCGCCGGUAGGGGGUCCUGCUGCUGGCGGCGACGGCAAGAGUUUCGCCUCAACGGCUGCCGUACAUUCCCUUGUGUGGUACGACGAGUGCCGAGAAAGCGACGACGAGGAGGAUGCGGAGGGGUACGGAGGCGACGACGGCGGCGGCGGUAUCGCUGACGUGUGCAUUGACGGCGACGGCGGUGACAGUGACAUGGGUUGGGAGUACGACGAUUCCGUUGGGCGCAGCCCCGCCGCCGUCAUGGUUACCGGUAGCGGCGGCGGCGGUGCUCGUACAUCGCGCUGCGCCGUCGCCGCAGCGGCGCAGCGGCCAUCGCCGUCGACACCGUCACCGUCGCCCCCUGUUGCCAUCAUUUGCGCAACGACAAAGGCGAUUAGCCCUGACGGCGGCCGUACCAGCGGCGCCUCUGGCAGGCCGUACAAGCCGUCGGAGACCGCGACGCCGCCGCCGCCGCCGGCGGGCCUGGCGGCGGCAGCGGCGGCGGCAAAGCAUACCUUUAUGACUCAGCGUUGCGACUCGGGCGUCCGGAAGUACACGAAGAGCGGCGGCGGCUCUCCUCAUCACCCCGUCAGCACUGCCACCAAGGCCGUCGUGGGUAAUGGCAUCGGAGGAUUCCGUACGGCCCCUCGGCCGCCGGCGCUCCAGAUACCCUUGCAGCCCGGAGCCAACCGUCACUCCGCAACCGCAGUCAUGGGCGAACCGUACGGCAGCGGUGCAUUCGGCGACGGGCUAGACAGCUACUGCACUGCUGCCGACAGUUGUAAAGCUGACGGUAGUGCAGGUGGUAGCAGCAGCGGCGGCGGCGGCGGUAGUGGUGGAGCUCAAAAGGAGAAGACCCGACGCGGCCGCAAUGCGAGGUUGUCUGAGGGUCCUGCAGGCCUGCCGUACUCUGCAGAUCCGCCCAACCACGUCAGCUCACCGGGCGCUGUGAGCGGCGGGGGUGCCUUGCUGCUGCCGCAGAAACCCAAGCAGCCACAACCGCAGCCUCAAGCGCAACAGCAACUCGGUAGCAGCGGCCGCCCCCGACCAUUACAGGUGCCGCCGCUGGUGCUGGCAUCACCUCCCAGCCCCGUCUUUGGCGCCUCCGCCGCCUCUGCCACAGUCGCAAAGGGCUUCUACUCACCGACGGUCGCGCCACCCGGCCGCAUCGUUGACCUGUGCGGUCGCCCGCAGCAGCAGCAGCAACGUACCUCGCAGCUCCGUGCCUCCGCGGAUGCAGCGUUGACCACAACCAGUCGCGACGGCCGGCCCAGCAAUGGCGGUUUACCGUUAGCAGUCGGUGCUACAGCCACCACUGCCCGUUGCAGCGGUGGGUCGAGGCACCAAGGGGCGAGCAAUCCGGCAUGGCUCUCGCCGACGGCGGCGGCAGCAACGCAAACGGUUGCUUGUGGAGCGGCUGGGAAGGAGGUAGCUAGCAACCUGCUAGUGCCAUCUGCCAACUACCGAGCAUUACUAGCACCGAAGGGGCCUGUCGACGUUACCAUGCAGCGCCAGCAGCAGCCGCAGCUGCAGCAUCCCAUGCAGAACUCCUCAGCGGGAACGGGCCGGGAACCCCAGAUCGAGGUUGCUGAGCCCCUGCCGUACGGGACUCAUCAGCAGCGGUUACCGACCCCUAUGCCGGGCCAGAAGCCAAUGCAGCCGCCGCCGCCGCAGCAGCAGCAGAUGGGUUCAGCUGCAAAGGCAGUGGGUGCAUGUACGGACAUAUGGUGCAGUGGUGGUGAAGACGGCAGUGGACGUGCAAGUGCUGGCAGCAGGACGACAGUCCCGCCAGCGGUGUUGGCGGCGGUACCGGCAACGGGCAGGGUUCGAGUCAGUGGCGGUGGCGGUGUCCCGUCGGGGCACCGGGGCAUGCUGGAUACCUGGCAGGAAGAGUCUUUUGGCGAGCUGUGAGUAAGCUACUAGGGAAAGCUGCGUUAUAGGAUGUCCGUGUCACGGUGUCUCUCAGUUUUUGCAUACAGCAGGUCUGUAGGGGAUCAGGCGGGCAGGCAGCAGGCGAACAGCUGCUGGGCCACCCGGCAAUUGGCAUGUAGUGGCUAAGUAAUAUGGAACUCGGAUGGAAGCACUUGGGGGUAUUUGGGGCGGAAGUUUGGUGUGGGGUGCUUACCUCGGAACCGGUACCGGUAUUCAUUGCCGUGUUGACCCAGAUUGUUCAUGUGUGCUACAGUGUGACGUCCUGCGGCACAAUUAACAUCCUUGUUUGUGUCCGAUGUCUCUUCCUCGUAUGGCAUGGCUGGUGUGGGUUGCACGCUGACAGAAACACGAAAGGGUGUUGUUUGUUGUGUACCGUACUAAUGGACGCCUUUGCCUUUUCCACAGUCCAUGGGCCUCUAUAGUCUAUACAUUCGUUCGUUGUGUGAUCCAUGUCCUAUUACUAACUAUGUGGGAAUUGGCGUUGAGCAUUGCGUUUUUGUCCUUCGUAAGCCCUGAGAAUUGGGCUUUGUGAUUGCGUCUUUCUGUGUAUCACCGCUUAUCUUUACAUGACAGAUGCACGGUGAUGUGUCCUUCUUUAUGUGAGCUGCUACCUGCUGCCACAUACAAUCAGCACGGGCAUGCUGCCAGUACACGUAUGGUGCGGGAUGUUGCUUAGUUUGGCCAACCUCCAGUACUUCCCUUUUUGGUUUCCCUAGGUUAAAGGAGGGUCGCCGGCUUUACAUUACCGAUGGCUCGUUCUCUCUUUGCAUGCCAAGUAAAUAGUUAGCGGUAGGCGUUGCAGGAGGUCUAGGUCUAGGUAGGAGGUACUUGGUGUUGCCAUUGUGCUUUUUCAGCGGAGCCUUUCUGUGUUGCUGGCUACCGGUGGGCGAUGGGCAAAUGAAGGGCUAAUGACUGCAAGAAGGGUCGCUGGUUGGGGCGUGUGCCUCGGUUGUGGUGCCGCGGCGUGUGCCUCGGUUGUGGUGCCGCGGUGGUACGGCACACUUGCUACAUCCUACAUGCCAUGCACUGCGUGAUGUGUGAUACUCGGGGUAUCAUUUGUCAAAAUGACACAAUACUAAUGCGUAUUGCUCAACCAACGCUUACUGAUGCAGUAGCUGGCUGAAUUUUCCUGGCAGGGUGUGUCUUUCCCUACUAACCAUGAACUAACAUUUAAGGGGGUACUUUUACGUGUAGCCGGUUGGCAUUGAUAAGACGGUGUGUACGGUGUGUUUUGGGUGCAGGAUGCUGGCCUUAAUAGGAUCCCUUUUUGCGUACAUAUACAAGUAAUAAACGAACCGUGG